UUAAACGCAUCUCCACUCGCAGCUCCCGGUGUUACUUGCCACUUCUAUGGUCUAAUAAUUCUUCAAAUCAGCUUAGUCCAUACUCAAAGAACCCACCUAUAUUAUCCCCCCCUCCAGACUCCCAAACACUCCAGAGAAGCAAAACCAAAAAAUGUCGCUUGUUCUGGCGCCACCACCGCCGCUGUUUGUCUACCCAAAUACGGUCUCACCACCACCAUCCACCCAUUCCAAGGGCUCAUUUGGGGCUGUCUUCAUAGUCUUGGCUGUGAUUUUUGUUGUAUCCGCCAUUGCUUGCUUCCUUGGUAGACUCUGCAACCGACAUUAUUCCCGUCCAAAGCCCAGGCGCGAGUCACAAGAUCACACCACCCACCCAAAGCCCAGACGAGAGUCACAAGACUAUACCUUCCAACCAAAAGAAGGUGGUGUUGACCUGGAAUUUGGGUUCAAGAAGGGGAUUCCAACUCCCAAACCGGCUGUCAAUGGAGGGAGGAAGGACUCUAUACCAAGUUUUAGUUUCGAAACCAGAGAAGACAUCAAAGCUGCAGAAAAUGGAGCACCUAAAGCAAGGGGAUGACAAGAGAGAAAAGCAGCUCUUCCUAUGCAAAGCAGCUCUUCAUAUGCCACUCUUCAUGAAACCGAUCCGUAGCUUUUUCCAUCAAAAGCUCUAUUCUGUUUUUCAUUUCAAAAAAUGUAUGGUUGUGUUUGUCAAGUGACAUGUAAUAUUGUCUCCAAACAUUACAAAUUUGAGAACAGAUAGGAACUUUCAAUCA